AAAAAGGAACCCCUUUAUAAAUUGCACUAUUAAAAAGAUUGAGAUACCUCAUUGGUUAUAAAGUUAGUUAUAGGUUAAUUGUAACUUUUAUAUAUCAAACCUCAAAAAUAGUCAAACAUUUGGGAAGAUUACAAUGUGGUAGAAUAAAUAAAUAGAAAACGAACGUGAAAGUUGGUAGAACUAUAUUGAGUAAAUGAGAUAUUUUUAAAUAUUUAGAGUAUAUCUUAAAUGAAUAAUAAUGACUAUAAUAGUUUUUCUAAUAGAUACAUCAGCAUCUAUGCUACAAAGAACUUAUAUAGGAGGUCGUACUACUCUGUUAGAUGUUGCAAAAUCUGCAGUAGAAACCUUUGUAAAAAUUCGUCAACGAAGUAUGGAUAGUCGUAUAGACAGAUAUAUGCUGUUAACUUUUGAAGACACUCCAAAUAAUAUCAAAGCAGGUUGGAAGGAAAACUUAGCUACUUUUAUGAACGAGUUGAAGAAUUUACAGGCACAUUCUUUAACUACUAUGGGAGUGGCUGUAAAACAGGCAUUUGAUAUUCUCAAUAUUAAUAGAAUGACUUCAGGAAUAGAUACAUAUGGGCAAGGUAGAUGUCCAUUUUUCUUGGAAACGGCAGUGAUAGUUUUAAUUACUGAUGGCGGAAAAUUAACAACAGUAAAUGGUGUGCAGGAGGAGUUCAACUUACCAAUGAAUUCACCAAUACCAGGAUCAGAAAUGACGAGGGAACCCUUUCGAUGGGAUCAAAGAUUAUUUGCAUUAGUACUAAGAUUAACAGGUACUCCUGCCGUUGAAAGAGAUAGUGGUCUAGUACCUAGCGAUAGCAGUCCUAUUGAUGCUAUGUGUGAAGUUACUGGAGGUAGAUCAUAUUGUAUAACAUCUCAUCGAAUGUUAAACCAAUGUAUUGACAGUCUAGUUCAAAAGGUUCAGAAUGGAGUUGUAAUAAACUUCGAAAAAAUUGGUCCUGAUCCCCCUCCUCCUCAAUACGAUAAAGAAGAAGGCAAAGAUGACAAUCUCAAAGAAAAUGAAUAUGCAGAGAUAAAUGUUGAUCGUGGUCCGAACAUGCAAGUAAACACAUCAUGGCACAAUUGUAGAAAAAUGAUUUAUGUUCCCAAACAAAGUAAAGCAUAUUGUGUUGGGUAUUGGCCUAUACCUGAAUCAUUUUGGCCAGAAGCUACAGUUUCAGUACUUCCUCCCAGAUCAGCUCAUCCCAACAUAAAGUUUGCCUGUACUAAUUCUGAGCCCUUAGUUAUUGAAAACCUACCGUUUGACAAAUACGAACUGGAACCUUCGCCUCUUACACAAUUCAUCCUAUCUAGAAAACAACCUAAGACAUGUUGGCAAGUAUUUGUGGCUAAUAGUUACAAAAAUUCAGAAGUAGGGCAUCCCUUUGGAUACUUGAAAGCAAGUACAAAUCUAACAUGUGUAAAUCUUUUUGUUAUGCCUUAUAAUUAUCCUGUUUUGUUACCUUUACUCGAUGAACUGUUUAAAAUUCACAGGUGGAAACCAACAAAUGAAUGGCGGACCCAGUUUCAGAAUUACACUAGAACUUUACCUGCAUACUAUGCUGGUCCAUUAAGAAGAGCUCUUACAAGAAUGGGCACGCCUGUAGCUUUAGCACAAACUUUAAUUCCCGAAAAUUCGGAAAACGGAUUGAGUUAUUCUAUAUCAAAUUAUUUAAAACGCUUAAAAAAUCAAGCUAAAGUCGAAUACGAUAAAAUGUGUAAUGAAAUUAUCCAGAGACAAUCAAAUAUGAAUGGUUUAAAAACAAAUUUCAAUAGUCCCGAACAAAUUCGAGUAGUGCCAAAAGUGACCUUAAAGAAAGAAUUAGUUAGUCAUCCAUUGUUGAUAGACCGAUUUUCUUCUCAAAGAGAUCAAAUUUUGGAUCAAGGUAAUGUGUGGACUUGUACUUUAGAUAAAGAAAGGCAAACAGUGAGCUUCAAAAAUCCUUUCGAUAUACCAAGAAGCAGACUCAUACAACAGGUGGUUCGCAUGAGAAAUAAUUUCUUGCAGUCAGACUGGGUGUCUCUAGACCAAGAUAGUGCCCAUUCUCUGCCAAUUUCGCAAAUGGGAAAUUACCAAGAGUAUCUAAAGAAACAAACCCCUCAAUUACGAGAAAUAGAAUCAGCUCCUGUUAGACAACAUAUGUUUGGUAAUCCAUUCAAAAUUGAUAAAAGAAUGAUGGUUGAUGAAGCAGAUAUAGACCUUGUUGGAUCACCGACUGGUGCGAGCAGAAAUAACAAGCGUCCUCUUCCAAAUAGUGAUAGUAUCGUGAAAAUACCAUCAAAACGAAAACCUGGUCCACUUCCCAAAAAUUAUAAAUUUUCCAGACCAAGCAUAGACAGCCUACAACCUCCAAGCCCACAGGGAUCUCCUGUUUCAUCACCUAUUCCAUGGUUAAGUUCGAUUGAAAAAGAAUUAAUACGUUUCGAUGAAAGUCCUAGUCUCAUAAUCAACGGUCUAGAAGUAAGUCCUGCAUCGAGCCCUCUAAGUGAACGCUCCAGGUCUCCAUCACCUCCGAAUGUUAUACAUGAUCAUCCGUCUUAUAGCGUCGGUGAAAUUAAUUAUAUCUCUCGUCCUCCUUCAAUCACCACAAAUUACACUACUACCAGUAUUUUAGAUACUAAUACUACAAAUUCGUUAGGCGAUUUUUAUUUUAGUAUUUCGCCAACAGAUGAUAAACAGAUUUCACAAAUUUUGAAAGAGGCUAAUUUGAACCACAAUAGUAUCGGUUCUGUUAAUUCUACAACAGUGAAUAGCAAUACUCAAUCAGAAAACAAAUCAAAAGUAGAAGAAUAUAUACAGAACGAAAAAGAGAUAGAAAAUCAAAACUUCGAAAUUCGGAAAAAUCUGAAUCGACUAGUGCGAAAACCCGGUAAAAACUUUACGGAAUUAUUCAACAAUAUAAAAACACUGAAAGGUGAUAUUGAUAAUCAAGCAACAAUCGUAAAAUUGAUUAUAAGAGAAUCUCUGAGAUUUAAAAGGCAACAUUUGGCUAGUUUAUUGGAAGAACACCUAAGGACUAUAACAAACGCUGACAAUAAAUGAAUUUUUUAAAGGAAAAAGCGUAACAAUAUUUAUGUUUGUAUAAAGUGAUUAAAACAAUUGAAUUAAUUUUUUUAUAUAUAAAAUUAUGUAAAAUAUAUAUUUCAUCAAUGA